GACAGUACCUGCACGGCCAGUGUUCAGUGCUACGCCGCCGUGCCCCAUUCCGGCUGUCAAGAUGACAGAUGUACCUGUCAACAGCAGAUGCACGCUUAUAAUGGGAGUUGCUAUAGAAAUGUCGUGUUAGGGGAGAUAUGUAUUAACCACACAGACUGUCAUGGGAUAGAACCAGGACCAUCAAGGUUAGAGUGCAUUUUAGGCGAAUGUAAAUGCCAAUCUGAAUACGUCGAACAUUACGGAUUCUGUUCCAGUGAUGGUUUCAGAACCUCCAACAUUGUCGAACUCACAUUGCUCUGUAUUGUUGUUGUCUGUUGGUUCAUUUUCUCCGAGACUGUGGUCGUUGCAUGGAUAGCACUAGCCCUGGCAAUUUUCUAUAUGUUCUGGAUCAUGAUCAUAGGAAACUACUUCUUCGACAACAAUAAUUACAUGUGGAGGCCCGAGAGGAAUGAUUAAAUUUUAAGAUAUACUUUUUUAUUAGUAUUAUACAGGCUGGUCGGAAUUGUAAUCAUGAAAUUUUUACAACGCAUUCUGAAGAUAAAAUUAAGCAAAAGUUCUCAACCUGUAUAAUUUUUUUAUUUUUUUUUUGUUCUUGUUUUAUGUCUGUUUUUGAUCUGUUAUUUAUGUAUUAUUGGUAAAAUUAUUACCGCUUAUUUUUUUAAAUACGAAAGUUUAUGCAAUAGAUACAGGGAUGCUGAAAAUUUAAGACUUAGUAUAUUUUUAUUUAUAUUUGUAUAAAAUUUUAUGUCCCUUGUAGAUUUUUAAAUGGAUUUUUAUACGUGUACAGUAAAAUUUUAUGUAUACAUAUGUUGUUAAAAUUAUAUUACUCAUUCUUUUUAUUGGUUUAAAUACAAUAGUUUGUGAUUUUA